AUGAAGACGACGCCGAAUUGCGCGCCGAAUAUUCGUUCGUACAACGGCGUCAUAUCCGCGGCGACGCGCAAAAAGCACUUCCCGGGCGCGAUGUGGGCUUGGGAAGAGAUCGAGACGGCGAAUUUACAGCCAACCAUGAUCACAUACGGCGCCAUGCUCGCCGCGGGCGCGGCGGCGGACGACGUCGACGUGCGUUGGUCGGAGGACUUGUUCGCUCAAGCGUUGGAAUCUGGCGCGUGUGGCAACGCAGGGAACGAUCACAUGGUGACUUCUAUGCUCCAGACGUAUGCUCGCGGCGUCGCGCUCGAGCAAAUCGAGCGUGAUGUCGCGAUGGAACGCGGAGAGAGCGUCGUGCAAGCGCUCAUAGAGGACGCGCAGUGGGACGAACGGCGCGCCGAGUCAACGCCCAACGGACGCGUCUGGUCGGCGUUGAUAACGCUUUGCGCUCGAUGUGGGCGCGCCGCGCGCGCGAUCGAAGUGCUCAAGAUUAUGAUUUCUACUCGCUCGCAUCGUGUGGGACACGAAUGGUUGCACUUGACGUACGCCUUGACGUCCGCGCUCGAAGCGUCGAAGGAGGGCAUCGAGUACUUUGCCCGCGUGCAGCGCGAAAUCGAACAGAGCCCGGCGAUGGUUCGAGACUGCACGGGCGUUCGCAACGGCUUAAUCGCCACACAUUUGCACUUUGGUGAUUUCAAGAGUGCGUUUAAAGUCUACGACGACUUCAAAAACGAUAUUUUCAAGUACCGCAAGGCGCACGAAGAGAAUUGGAACGCGCGCGCGCGGAGAGGGUUGGAACGUCAACUUCCAGAUACGAUUACGUACAACUCCCUCAUCUACGCGUGCGCUGAUGACGACGUCAAGGCCAUGGGACUGUAUCACGACAUGGUCUCGAACGGAAUCAAUCCUACAGUGCGAACGUACGUCGCGCUCAUCGUCGCCUUGAGCCGAUCAAAGCGUGGAAGUAAAGUCACCGAGGCGGAAAAAAUAUUCAAAGCCGCCAUCGACGACGGCGUGACGCCGAACGAGUUUUUGUUCACCGCGCUCAUGGACGCUCAGGUCAAAGGCAACCGGCCGUUAUCUGCGUUUGAAACGUACGCGCGCAUGAUUGAAGCUGAUGUCAACUGCACGACUGUGACUUUCGGGUGCGCACUGCAAGCGUGCUGUUACGUCGAGGAUGUCGAGGAGAGCGUCGAGCGCGCGUACUCGGUGCUUCGUGAUAUGACGGAGCGUGACGUCCAGAUGAACGACUGGUGCUCUAACACGUUCUUGCGCGUCAUAUCACGCGCCGGUCGCAUUGAAGAAAUGCUCGAAGAAGUGAAAAAGACGGUUCGUCGUAAAGGCAAGCUCGAACAAGAGACGCUUGAAGCCAUCAUUCGGGCCUUGUGUUCGGCGGGUUACGUCGAGCGCGCCAAUCGCUUCAUCUCUAUGAUGAACUCGCGUAACUUGGAACCGCGUGAGCAAACGUUCAAGGAGUUCAUCGUCGCGAGUAGUCGCGAUGGAUUCGUCGAUUGGGCUUGGGAGUCGUACAAACGUUUCACACGUUUAGGACACAAACUCGACGCGGGCACGCGGUCGGCGCUAGUCACCGUCUUGAGCGUCGCUUCGACGAGCCCGGACCCCGACGAUGCGGAACUCUUGCUCGCUCGCGCGAUCGGCGUCUUCGAAGCCGCGUUUAAACGCGCGGAUGAAGACAAUGGGCCACAAGUCUUGGACGUCAUCGACGCCGAAGCGCGAUGCGCGCUCAUAGUCGCCAUGGCGCGAAGCGAAAAACUUGACCGAGCAUUGGAUAUCUGGCGCGACUCCCCAAAGGCUCAAUCAUUUUCCAAGGCGCGUAAGCACACUUCGAGUGAAGGGAACGAUUACAUCGGCGAUGUGCGCGCCAUGUAUGAGUGCCUCAUCGAAGUGUGCUGUCACGAAGAUCGCAUCGACGACGCGCUGGAGGUGUUCGAUCACUUGAAGGACGCCGGCGUGCGCGUCAGUACGGUGACGCUCGCGUUUUUGGAAUCAUCGUGCCGCCGAUGUCGCGUGGAGGAAUGGCGAAUGUUUGACGUGUGCGCACAAAUGCGCGCGCAAGUGGAACAAAAAAACGAAGGUCGCCUGGCGAAGCCGACGAAGAUGAGCCACCACGUGCGCGACGACGGCAACAUCGCGAGCGAACUCGCCACGGAUGGACUGGGGGGCGAACAAAAGACGUCGGCGUGGCGCAAAAACGUCGAUUGAUACACUACAUUUACAAGCACCGCACGCCGCGCUGCAUUUGCUACCACUACUACUGC